AUGGCUUCCACGCUUUCUCGACUCCCCUCGCAGGAGAUUGCAAGGGUCGAGGAUUACCUGAAUGAUAAGAUACAGUCAUCCGCAGAUCUUGAGAGUCUGGAUUCCCUGCUCUCAAAUCUGCGUGCCCAGCAUGAGCUCCAGCAGAGACAGCUAGUUGAAGCGCAGGAAGCGCUCGCCAAGGCGACCAAAGCCUCAAAUGACCACGCUGAAGCCGUUCGAAAACAAGUCGAAGCUUUCAAUCAACAGCAGGCCGACAUCGACAGGCGCUUGAAGAUACUUACGCAAUCGGAAACGAGCGAUGAGGCAGUACGCAUAUUUGAGUCGAGCAUGGAGAAGCUGCGGAGGCUUGACAUUGCGAAAGGUUACCUGGACCUGUUACAGGAGGUGGAAGCUCCUCGUACAGCCUUAUCACCCUACACUCGCUUGAAAAAUAUUGCAUCGUCAUUGAAGGAUGCGCAGUUUGCCGCAGAAGGUGCAGCCCCGCACCUUGUUGAUCACACCGAGAAACUGGCCUCCGCUUUGAGAGAACAACUGCGAAAAGAUUUCAGCAGUCGACUGCAACGAGCCCUAGAGAAAAUGAAGUGGCCGGGCAAGGACCUCGUUCUCACAGACAGCUUGAUAGAGGAGUGGGCGGAGAGCGUCGAGCUGCUCCUCGACUUGCAAGAACCAGAGCUUGAGCCUCGGACCCCAGCGUCGAGCAUCCAGGCAAAGGAUCCUCCGGUUUUGUUUCCAUUGGAGGUUAUGGUACAUCCGCUUGAGCUUCGUUUCAAAUAUCAUUUUAGUGGAGCAAAACCGACAAAUAGGCUCGAUAAGCCUGAAUAUUUCCUUUCUCACAUUUCUGAUCUGAUUAGCACUUAUGCUGGCUUCAUCACGACAUACAUGCAACCAAUCUUUGACAAACGGGCCGAUACAGCCGGCUCUGAUUUGGAGUGGAACUUUCUGAGUGCUUUGAACGCCUUUAUCAUUGCCUUGCUUCCAAUGCUCAGGCAGAAAAUCAGCACUUUCGUUCCCCAAGUCGUGAAUAAUCCACCUCUUCUCAGCCAUUUCAUCCACGAACUUAUGAAUUUCGAUACUGAUAUCCGCGACACUUGGAAUUAUCUUCCAGAUCCUUAUUCUUCGGAAAACUGGAAAGGGUUAACUUGGGAAGUCUUGACUAAGCAAGGUUGGUUUGAUCGAUGGCUCCAGGUUGAGAAGGACUUCGCACUUUCACGGUACAAGGAUAUCAUUGAUACUGCAGACAGCGGGCAGAUCGAUUACGAUGGUGUGGAGCCUAAUGUGACGAAGCCUACGAAAGCGGCGAUUCGUGUUAAUGAUCUUCUUGAGACUAUCACUGAUCGAUAUCGCCCACUGUCCUCAUUUAGUCAGAAACUGAGAUUCCUUAUUGAUAUUCAAAUCACGAUAUUUGAUCAGUUUCAUGAGCGCCUCCAUUCCGGUCUUGAGGCAUAUCUUGCCAUGACCUCGACCAUCGGUCGCACUGUUCAAGGGUCCGACGCGCAGACUAGCCUUGAAGGUGUAGCAGGCCUUGAACGGCUGUGCAGGAUCUUUGGAAGUGCAGAAUACCUGGAAAAGAAAAUGCAGGACUGGAGCGACGAUGUCUUCUUUCUUGAACUCUGGUCAGAGCUCCAGAAUCGUGUUCGAAAGAAUACAAGUGGGGGCAAAAACGUUGUAGGACCCAUGUCGGUCUCUGAGGUUGCUCAGCGAACAUCGCAAGCUGUGGCAGACAAUUUCAACAACGGCGGGACAGCGAUGGCCGAUGGUGCCCUAUUCGAUGAAACCGCAUCAGCGUACCGGCGCCUCAGACUCCGCUCUGAAAACAUUAUCAUCUCGACUCUCACCUCCGAGGUUCAGUCCUCCCUUCGGUCAUAUUCCCGUGUUUCUAUGUGGUCGACGCUCUCAGCGCCCGCGACGGCUGCUUCGAGCUAUCCUCACCCUCCAUCAUCGGACCUCACUCCCGCCAUCCGCACUUUAUCCUCCAGCAUCUCCUUCCUUGCUCGUGCCUUGGGCAGCGCUCCUCUGAGACGGAUAACCCGGCAGGUUCUUCUGUCGACCCAAACCUACAUCUGGGACAACGUGCUGAUGCGUCACACCUUCUCUGCUGCUGGUGCGUCCCAAUUAGCGAGCGAUGUCGAUCAUCUGUGUAGCGUUGUGGACAGCGCUCUAGGACAGCAGACAGCUGCCGUUGGGUAUCAAGGGGAAUCGAAGCGUGUGAUCAAAAGACUAGUCGAGGGUCUGACUCUCCUAUGUCUUAGAAUCAAGCCCCAAGGGAGGACAGACGCCGGUGAGGUGGAGACACCGGAAACAGAUAGUGCUACGCAGGAACGUCAAGCUUUGGCUGAGAAGGAAUUGGGCCUCUGGGAGGUCGAGAAGCGGCUCUUUGCAAAUAACGAGAGCGCACGGGAGGUGCUCUCGGAAUUGGAGAUUGAGACGCUGACGGAAAGCGAAGCCAGAGCGGUAUUGGAGAAGAGAGUCGAGAUUCGAAGCUAA